AUUAUCAUAAUUAUCACUAGAAUAAAAUAUAUUAGUAUCAUCUGCAAAUAGAAUUAGUUUCAAUAAUUUAGAUACAUUAAAUAUGUCAUUUAUAUAUAAAUUGAACAACUUUGGUCCCAAAAUAGAACCUUGUGGAACCCCACAAACAAUGUCCAAUAAUCCGGAUUUGAACUCACCCAUCUGCACAUACUGAUGUCUCUCAGUUAAAUAGCUUUGGAUCCAGUUCAAAGCCACUCCCCUAAUACCAUAUCUUUCCAGUUUUUUUAAUAAUAUGGAAUGAUUAAUAGUAUCAAAGGCUUUUUUUAAGUCAAUGAAUAUUCCAGCUGCAUACUUUUUUUUAUCUAAGCUAUUUGUAAUUUCCUCCACUGCAUCGAUUAUGGCCAUUGAUGUUGACCUUGCUGACCUAAACCCAUACUGACUUUCAUUAAUUAUACUAUAUUUAUCUAUAAACUUCUCUAAUCUACUAUUAAAAAGAUUCUCCAGAAUUUUAGAAAACUGAGGAAGCAGAGAGACAGGUCUAUAGUUUGUAAAGAUGUGUUUGUCUCCAUUUUUAUGUAGAGGGAUUACUUUCGCAAUUUUCAUAUUAUUGGGAAAUGAUCCUGUUUGAAAUGAUAAAUUACAUAUGUAAGUUAAAGGUUUGGAUAUACUAUAUAUGAUUUUUUUAAUUAAUGUCUGUGGCGAGGGGGGCGUGGUUCAGCGAGGUCUGCAACUGGAGAGAGUGUCGGGAGACGCGUGGUAAGUGAGGGGGUUAAAUGUAAAUUACAAACACCUGUUUCUCAUUCCAGUAAUUGGCGCGGAGGCAGGAUAAAACACCAGGAGAAGCAGGAGUGUGCGAGAGAGAGAGGGACUGCUGACUGAGACACUGAGCACGACAACAGCACUAGAGAGAAGCCCUAUUGUGGAUUGUUUAUACCGUUCUGGAGUGAAGCCCUGUUGUGGAUUGUUUAUUUUCGUUGUUGUGCGGUGCACAGACUUUUGUUGGACAUUUUUCAUUUUACGAAAUAAAGCUCAGUCAGCAGUCAAAAGCCGACCCUUUGUCUUCUUCCUUCCCCACGAACUUGAACAUUACUACACUGGUGCCGAAAACCCGGGAAGGAAGAAGGGAGCCGCCGCCAUGCAAACGCCCUCCGCCGUGCCGUUUGCGGACAUCAUCACAUCCCUCGCGGUCUUACACCAAGACCAACAUCAAGCCCUGCUGGACCUCCGCUCGGAUCAGGAGCGGCGUUUCCAAGCCAUCCUUCAGGUCCAGCAGGAAGACCGCGAGAGGUUCCGGAGCUGGAUCGACCGGGAGGUUCGUACGGAGACCACCGGACAGCUGGCUGCGCCCACCCAUCUUCCCCUCAACAAAAUGGGCCCGCUGGAUGACCCGGAGGCCUUCCUGGACCUUUUCGAGAAGUCCGCGGAGGUGUCAGGUUGGCCCCGGGAUCAGUGGCCCAUGCGACUCAUCCCACUGCUCUCGGGUGAGUCGCAGGUGGCAGCGCAGCAGCUGCCUGUACAGAACCUCCUGGUCUUCGACGACCUGAAGAGGGCCAUACUUCAGCGGGUCGGCCGGACCCCAGAACAGCAUCGCCAACGGUUCCGCUCACUGGAGUUAGGCGAGUCCGGUCGGCCCUUCGUGAUGGCCCAACAGCUCCGGGACUCCUGCCGCAAAUGGCUCCUGGCCGAGGGAGGCGACGUGGAGCAAGUCAUCGAUCUGGUGGUGCUGGAGCAGUUCAUAACUCGGCUGCCCAAAAGAACAGCCGAGUGGGUCCAGUGCCACCGUCCCACGUCGCUGGACUCGGCCAUCCACCUCGCGGAGGACCACAUGGUGGCGUGCCCAGGGGUCGGCGAACCCCUUCCAUCUGCCUCUCUCUCUCCUUCUCUUCCAUCCUCCUCUCUCUCUAAGCCUGUCCCUCUCCCCAGGUCUCGUCCGCCCGGCCCUCCUCGUGUCCCGCCCCGGGGGCGGGGCGGGACUGAACAGGGAUUCUUUUCCGGACCUCGGGUCCCGCCCAGGGGGGCGGGACCAUCUGCUGCCGGGCUGGACCCCACUCCUGCUUCUCCCCUCUCUCCGCGCCAACCAUUUAACCCUCUCCCUGCCACGAGAGCGGCGGGCAGGUCUGGGCCGGCCUGUUGGCGUUGCGGGGACCCGGAGCAUUUCGUGGACAGGUGUCCGAUUAUGGAGGUUGGGACGUUGAUCCGGGUCCCGGACGUUCCGCAGGCCGCCCCUGGUCAAGCUGGCGGGUACCAAAUUCCUUAAUUGGCGCGGAGGCAGGAUAAAACACCAGGAGAAGCAGGAGUGUGCGAGAGAGAGAGGGACUGCUGACUGAGACACUGAGCACGACAACAGCACUAGAGAGAAGCCCUAUUGUGGAUUGUUUAUACCGUUCUGGAGUGAAGCCCUGUUGUGGAUUGUUUAUUUUCGUUGUUGUGCGGUGCACAGACUUUUGUUGGACAUUUUUCAUUUUACGAAAUAAAGCUCAGUCAGCAGUCAAAA